CAGUCGACAGACUACUAGCUUUCCCGCCUCCGCCUCCGAGUGCAGCCCUACACGAGUCACCGUUGUCACCGUUUCCCAACGCCAACACACCCAACCCUCAAAAUCGCAACCAUGUUCGCCGCCACCAGAGUCCUCCGCCAGGCUGCCGCUCACGCUGAGCGUGUUCCUUCCAUCAAGUUCCUCGGUCGCAGAACCAUUCCUGCUUCCGUCGACCACUCUCCCAAGCCUCACCCUGCCUCUCCUACCCACUCGCUCCCGGCCAACUGGGGUUCUUCCACCACUUUCAGCGCCUAUCGCCAGCACGCCCAGCAGCACGGUCCCCUUCGCAAGACCAUCCGCCCUGAGGUUGACGGCAUUGGUGCCUCUCCCGGCGCCGCUCUUGGCCCCGUCAAGCCUCCUCAGGGUCUCUACUUUGACCGCAACGAGCUCCCCGCCCGCUUCCGUCGCCAGCCUCUCACCGAGGCCGAGAUCGAGGCUAUUGAGAGCGGCUGUGGCUUUGCUUAAACGCGAGAUAAAUCAACAUAGACUAGACGGUUCGUUUAUCAAGAUGGAUAUCGAGCCCGAAACGACCGACACAACGCAGCGAACCUUUUUUGAGAACCCCUUUGACCUAGGAAUGGGCCUACACUUGAGAUCCCCAAUCAUCUAGCGCUAUCUAUCCCUAUCCCCCUCUCACAUCACACACACAGCGUAUGAUCAUCAAUGCUUCACGCGAUUUUGAACCGAGCAAAGUUUGUAUAUCAGAUUAUCUAUGGACGGCACUGCAUUGGCGUUUAGAAAACAAAGA